AUGUCGGCCGGGCCCUUAAAGGACUAUGCCGGCGUCACGGGCGUUGCCGACCCAGGCGGUGACUCCAUGGCCGAGGACCUCAACCUCUAUUACUCGGCCGGCGACUUCGCGUGGAUCAUGACAUCCUCGGCUCUCGUCUUGCUCAUGGUCCCCGGCGUUGGCUUCUUCUACAGCGGUCUGGCACGCCGGAAGUCAGCCCUCGCUCUGAUCUGGCUAUCCCUGAUAUCCAUAGCCAUCGCAGGGUUCCAGUGGUUUUUCUGGGGCUACUCGCUCACCUUCUCCCAUACGGGCAGCGCUUUCAUUGGAGACCUCACCAACUUCGGCCUGAUGAAGGUGCUCGCCCAACCCAGCGUCGGCAGCACCAAGCUCCCAGACAUACUAUUCUGCCUAUACCAGGGCAUGUUCGCCGCCAUCACCCCCGCCCUCGCCAUCGGCGCCGCCGCCGACCGCGGCCGCAUGCUGCCCUGCGUCGUCUUCAUCUUCAUCUGGGCGACGAUCGUGUACGACCCGAUCGCGUACUGGACCUGGAACGCCAACGGCUGGUCCUUGGUCAUGGGCGGGCUCGACUUCGCGGGCGGCACGCCCGUGCACAUCAGCUCGGGGGCCGCCGCGCUCGCCUACUCGCUCAUGCUCGGCAAGCGCACCGGCUACACGCGCGUGCACGGCCUCCCCUACCGCCCGCACAACGUCACCCACGUCGUCCUCGGCACCGUCUUCCUCUGGGUCGGCUGGUUCGGCUUCAACGGCGGCAGCGCCCUCGGCGCCAACAUGCGCGCCGUCAUGGCCUGCGUCGUCACCCACAUCGCCGCCUGCGUCGGCGGUUUUACGUGGUGCCUGCUCGACUACCGCCUCGAGAAGAAGUGGAGCACAGUCGGCUUCUGCAGCGGCGUCAUCUCGGGCCUGGUCGCCAUCACCCCCGCCGCGGGUUACGUGCCGCCUUGGUCAGCCGUUGUGUUUGGCGUUGUGGGCGGUGUCGUGUGCAACUUUGCGACCAAGCUCAAGUUUGUCCUUGGCAUCGACGACGCCCUCGAUAUCUUUGCGGAGCACGGCGUGGGGGGUGACUACAUCGCCCGCCUUGACGGCUUCACCGAGAUCCCCGGCGGCUGGGUGAAUCAGAACUAUAUCCAACUCGGCUAUCAGUUAGCCGACAGUGUCGCCGGGUUCUCUUACUCCUUCGUCAUGACCUGUGUCAUCCUGUUCCUCAUGAACCUGGUCCCCGGCCUGUCGCUGCGUGCCAGUGCCGAAGAAGAGGAGAUUGGCCUCGACGAUGGCGAGCUCGGGGAGUUUGCCUACGACUAUGUCGAGAUCACCCGUCAUAUUGACGGCUCGAUGACGGGCAUUACUGGCAGUCCUAGCCACAGCAUCAAAGGGGACGUCCCGGAGAAGACCGCAUGA